AUGCGCGAACCGUGUGUAAAUAAGAUGCACAUAAACCUGCGGCUGAUCCUGGUGUCUGGCAAAACGAAAGAGUUCAUCUUCAGCCCCGUGGACUCGGCCGGCGACAUCGCGGUACACGUUUAUGACAACUGGCCUGAAGCGGACUGGGCAUCGGAGUGCGUGUCGCGCGCAGAAAUCCUGCGGCUAAUCUACCAGGGCCGCUUCUUGCACAGCUCGGUGACGCUGGGUGCGCUUGGCCUGCCGCUCGGCCGCACCACCGUCAUGCACCUGGUGCCGCGCGAGCACCUGCCCGAGCCCAACUCGCACGAUCAACGGCAAAAAAGCAAAGGCGGAUCAAGCAGUUGUUGUUCAGCUUCGUGCUGCAUAUUGUAA